CAGCCAGCAACAUGGUUCAGUGGACAGACUUUGAGCGCGCCACCAUCCAGAGCGUCUUCGAGAAGAUGGACUACGAUGACGUAGGCCCCGCGGCUCUUUCCAGGUGUCUGGUCGUGUACCCCUGGACCCAGAGGUAUUUUGGUAACUUUGGAAACCUGUACAACGCCGCUGCUAUCCAGGGAAACCCAAUGGUCGCCGCUCACGGAAAGACCGUCCUGCACGGACUGGACCGGGCUGUCAAGAACAUGGAUGACAUCAAGGCCACCUACGCAGAGCUGAGCGUGCUGCACUCCGAGAAACUGCGCGUGGAUCCCGACAACUUCCGGCUGCUGGCUGACUGCCUUACUAUUGUCGUUGCUGCGAGAAUGGGUGCUGCCUUCACCGCUGACGUCCAGGGUGCUUUCCAGAAGUUCCUGGCGGUGGUGGUGAGCUCCCUGGGCAAACAGUACCACUAGAGCCAACAGUACCACUAGAGCAAACAGUACCACUAGAACCCCUCCACUCAGAGACGGACGACCAUCAGAGAACCAA